GCAUAGCUUCUUUAGAUGGAACUAAUUAAUAUAUGCAUUUCCUUGCUUGUGUUGUUGCUCAUAUAUGGUAUAUUGCAGCGUGCGGAGCAGUUCGCCGUGGUGAUCCUACAUCGUGAUAACUUCAGCGACAGGAUCAACUGGACAUCUGGCGAUGCAGAGAACGUCAUCUGUAAUAGCAAGUGGUAUGUGGACGAGGAAAUGGCGCUCCUCAACCACUAUUCAUGGUACCGUCAUGGUCUGCCCCUCUGGCCACUCCUCAAUCAGGCUCUCGCCCCCAAACCUCGUUUGUUUUCCCGCAAGAAGAAACUGGAUUGGCCUAACUACGCUAUUGCUACUCCUCUGUACCUCGUUUUCCGUGAGAUCUCCAACUUCCGCGAUCCUCGGAUAGCCAUUCAGAAGCUGUUUGCUGGAGACUUGGCCGGUCAGCAGAGCGAAUUAGAUCGCCAGAGCUCAUUUGUCCAGUCGGACAAAUUCCAGAAAGAUGUCAUCGAUCUAUAUGAAGCCAAGGAGAGUGAUAUCACCAACGACGUUGCAGGUUAUAACAACUGGCUGAUGCCUCUGAUCACCCGAAGUCUUCCUCCAAUGAUCGAGUCCUUUAAGGCGAGACAGAAACGACGAGGGUCAAAACAAAGCGACAUUUCCACCUGCCCCGACGAGCUCUAUGUUUACUUCCUGCAGAAACCGUGUGCCAGCAGCGCCUCCUGCCUCCUCCUGAACGAGCUGAUGUUGAUCCUCAGGACUGUGGACUGUUCCGCAGUCACUGACCUUGUGGUGGGCUUUUCUGUGGGUUAGCUGAGGAAUUCUGACUAAAUAUUGUACUUCAAGAUAAUAAUUACCACCAUACCUUCAGGUAUUUAUUAACAACUUUCAACACCUGAACCCCGAAGAUUAUGGCACACACCUUUAAGAUUAUAGCACCAUCUCACACCACACCUACAAGAAUAUGACACCAUCUCACACCACACCUACAAGAAUAUGACACCAUCUCACACAACACCUACAAGAAUAUGACACCAUCUCACACCACACCUACAAGAAUAUGACACCAUCUCACACCACACCUACAAGAAUAUGACACCAU